AUGGCAGUACGGAUGUUCGCCAGGCGUUCGGUUGGUUCCACUGUUAACCCUCAUUCUUCGGUUCGCCCGGGCGAGGAGGUACGCCAUUUUGUGAAUAUUCCCAAAGUUAAUGGGACCGAGGUCAAAUGUGAAAAGUACGUGGACGAAAUUGCUUCCUACAUUCCAGCUCCCCGCUUGGUUCUCCACCCAGACAUGCAAUAUGUCCACAUUGAAAGGACCAGACUAGAUGAUACAGGCUGGUACAGAUGUGUCGAGACCAAGAGUGGGGAGUUUGUGCUCCCACGUGGCGAAAUCCAAGUGUUACUCGAGGAUUACCACAUUAACAUGUCUUUCGCCUAUAACGAUACAGCCAACACUACAUUACUGAACGUAGAAGCUCAGCCUUACAGAUCCGCGGGAGUGGUCUUCACAGGAAGCCUACCAUUCGUCUAUUGUACUUACCAGCGGAAAUUCCAAGGCCACAUGGUUUUUGGACUUGUGGAUUUGACGACCAAAACGAAUUGCACAAUGUGUGCCUUCGUGAGAGAUUACGACAGGCACGAGUAUGGUCAGACCAAAUACGAGAGGGUCUAUAGUAUAGGACCGUACAAACACACUCCACCCGUUGUAGAAAUCAGCAUGGGAUGUGCGAGCACAUUUACCUCAUACCGGAACUAUCGCGACUACAGGGGGAUCCACACUCGUUCGGAUUAUAUUUCCACUCCGGAUCGACGUCAAUCCAUGGCUUACCAUCGAAUGUUCUAUUCAAAGGAUGGUAAGCCUUACAUUUUGUUCGAUACAAUUCAAACCAGUAGGACCCAGAUCACCAAUAGACUUAAACAAUCGACCGCGGCUAGCUUGAAUCUCGUCUCUGUUCUCCUAUUACCGGUCAGUGAAGAGCCAGUGGUGGGUGUGUUGACGGGCAGUUUUCUAGCCUAUCACACUCUACCUCUCGGAUGGGGCUCAGUUUGGACAAUCUACCUGAAAUCCGAGGGCGAAUAUGCAUACCGAGACUGUGAAGUGGCGGUGAUCAAAGUGACCGACACACACCCGGUCAGUUGGGUGUACGAAACAGUCUAUAAUGUUGUGUGGAACUAUACAUUCAUAUGCGUGUUGAGCCAAGUCACGGAGCUAAUUGUCUUAAACUCGUUCAACGUGUAUCGAUCGGAAGUGGACAUGAAGGAAUACGAGAGGAAGUUUCGUGACGAAGUAAGAGCCAUACUGACAACGUUUGAUCCAUCGGACAGAAAAUCCUACGAUCCAAGCACGCUUUCCGAAUCGAAUGAAUUUCACGAGUCCCACCGAAUUGUACGAAUCAAGUCCGACCCGACGUUUGUUCAGAAUAACACCCAACCGCCGAUUAUCUACGACAAACUCAUUCGGUCUAGUCAACCGGUUAUUUUUGAAAAUCUUUUCGAAUCCGGAAUGGAGUUCUCCAACGCAGCCAGUUUCCACAAGUCAGGAUCCACAAAGAUUCUGGAUGAACUUGUUGCCAACAUCACGGUUGUACAGUAUUUGGGAAAGCCGAGGGGUUGGCCUUUGAUGUGGAUUUUCUAUGAAAACAAAGGUAUGCAAAAAAAGGACUGCAUUCAAUUGAACCACACGGACCUAAAGCCGUUUCAAGUGCCCAAGGAGGCUCGUGAUGCGAACUACUUCUUGGAAGUUGGUGUUGGCUUUGCCGAGGUGACGUUCUCUUGCACUCUGCAAGCUGACGCUGUGGCCUUGGUCCUACUCACAUUUUACAGUAAGCCAGGAAUGGAGGACAUGACAACGAAAGCAAUGGAAGCAUCGUUCAAAAUCCACCUGACCAAUUGGAUGAAAAAUCCAACCGAUACAAGUCCGACUCUAGUGCUUAGUCAUACACUGGCAGCCACGUUCACCUAUCGUAUUCAACGACUCAAUCUUGCCUGGCGUGGUUCUGUUUUGGAAGGUGAACAGUGGCGUAUGCUAGUCUCGGAUCCCAUACUAAGACAAACACGGGAACCGAAUUGCUCUGAACUUGUAUUCAAAAUUUUCCACAGAAAGAAUUUGGACGAUAAGGCAGAAGUAAGGUCUAGAACUGGCAAGCAACUGGUCUAUCUAGAGUCCGAAGGCCGGGCGUCCUUGGGUCAGUCAGGCUGGUAUAGUAGUUCUUACGUAAGGUGUGGUGAACCCAACACGGUGGUCGAGCUUAUGGCGCCUCGUCGCCUCAACGUGUUCCCACAUCCCGCCUCGUAUGCCAUCUAUUUUAGCCCCGAACGAGUCCCCAUCACAGAUAUACUGGCAAAGAGUCGUAAGGAAGCGGACAUCGCCCACUUUAGCUUAUUCCGAGGGGAAUCUGGUUACAUCUACUGUGUACACAAUCGGACCUCGGAGCCAGACAUGGUUUCCGUGGCUGCGGUUGUCAUCUCAUACAGUAUGUCUGUAACACGUACGUUUCUGUGUCAAACGAAUACGACCACGAAGGAUGCGAGUGGGACCAAACUGUUUGUCUACGUGUGUGUAUUUACAACGAAAUCUUUGGUGGGACGGGAGUUCGGUCAUUUGGAAGCCACGUGUGUGUUCAAAAUCAGACCGGACAUCCUGGACAAAAAGGAUAUACGACUUCGGGAACAGCAAACACCGUACACACGUUCGCUGAUGAUCAACUUCGAGGUUCGAGUGGCUCCGUGGAUUUUUGCCGAACUCAUACUGUCCGAAAAUGCCGAUCUGGCGGCUGCUUUCCAAAUGGUCAGGUCUAAUCCGAUAAAUCUGAAACAAUAUGAGGAAUACUCAGUACUGAGCUUACCUGCCAAUAAGACUGUUCAAUGGAGUGUCCCCAUAUGUAGAGGAUCACCAUCCGGGACCGCGGAAGCCUACUUAUAUCUGAAAGACCAAGAAACAGGCAAGUUAGUGACUGAACCUUGUAAGUUGGUCAGUUCGAUCGAGAUGAGGACUCAAGCGUUGCCUGGACUGAUACUGCAACAGUAUACGAAUGCGGAACUGGAAAUGACGCACGUUCAGAACUUCACAUUCGCGUGCACCGUGAAACCGGAACAUCGUGUAUUGGGACUGAUUGCGUACAAAGACCCACAAUUAAAGCCCACCAUUGAUGGGAACAUUGGGGUGAAAGUUGCACACUGGCUCGCCGGGUCUGCGGAAGACCAGGCUGCACUUGACCCGUUGCUGGUGCACUAUAAGCUAGUCCGGUUGAUGUACGAAGGCGAACUCGAAGAGGAAGACGAAGAUAAAUGGGAGAACGAGCCACUAGAACCAUUCCCGGAGUCAACUCUUCCUGAUAAAAUAAAGCACACGAUUAAAUGUUUCUACCAGGCCACUGCGGACGAUAAACCGGAAGAGCUGGACACUUCCUCGCCAUCCUCUUCGUGGCGGAUAGUUUGA